AUGGAAUCUACUGAUCCAAUUGGCGAAGCGUCUACUAUAAUUUUUCUUGAGAGUGCAUAUACAACGCCAGAGAAUGUUAUUGCAAUUGAUUCAGAACUCAAACGCAUUCGGCAUGAUAAAGUUGAUCGUAUCCCUUACAAUGAUUUGAUUGAGGAACUUGAUUAG